AUGGAGACAGACUGCAUCAAAUAUGUUCAAAAAUGUCACCAAUGCCAGAUACAUGCUGAUAUGAUACGAGUACCGCCUAAUGAACUCAAUGCAACAAGUUCACGCUGGCCUUUCUCUGCUUGUGGAAUGGAUGUCAUCGGACCAAUUGAACUCGCUGCUUCAAACAGACACAGGUUCAUCUUGGUGGCUAUAGAUUACUUCACAAAAUGGGUUGAAGCCGCUUCCGAUAAAGCAGUGACUAAGAAGGUCAUAGCCGAUUUUGUCCCGGAUCAUAUUGCCGCCAACAAGAACAUCAAAAAAAUAAUGAGGAAAAUGGUGAAAAACUACAAGAAAAGGCACGAAAAGCUACCCUUUGCUUUGCUUGGAUACUGCACCAUAGUUUGUACAUCAACUGGGGCAACCCCCUAUCUACUGGUCUAUGGUACCGAAGCCGUUAUCCCUGCCGAAGUAGAGAUUCCUUCCUUAAGGAUCAUACAAGAGGCCGAGCUCAGCGACGCGGAAUGGGUACGAAACCGGUAUGAACAACUAGCUCUCAUUGAUGGCAAAAGAAUGAAAACAGUGUGUCACGGUCAACCUACCAGUACAGAAUGGCAAGAUCUUUCAAUAAAAAGGUUAGAUCAAGGCAAUUCACGCAGGGCAAUUGGUGCUGAAACGAAUCUCCCCACAUCAGGAUCAUGCAAAGGGGAAAUUCUCACCCAACUGUCAGAUGUUACCCAGGAUGACUCAAACAGGACCUUGGAACAAGAGCAAGGGCAAAGAAUGGAAUAG